UCAAAGUCUCUUCUGUCAAAAAACCGAAAUAAUGAAGUACUCUGGACUUUGGAGUCCGAAAGUUGAGGUUAUGUUUGUAGUGAAAUUAAUUAUUAGUCUUCAUAUUAAUUAGGUGUAUUGCGUUGCUUAUUAUACGAAGAGAAGUAAUUUGGUUUAUUUAUCCUUGAAUUUAUUCACGGUAAUAGAUGUCGCAGUUCGGGGGAGGAGAUGUUUCAAAACCCCCUUGGUUGAGUCAAGGGCAGAUGGUGACGGGGCAGUUAACUACUGUGACUCAACAGAGUCAGGUACAACCACAAAUGAUAACCCAAAUGGGUCCCCCCGCAACCAUGACGAUGCUACAGUACCAGCCAGCGCAGGUGUACCAACAGACCCAGAUGACCCAGUUACAGCAGCCUGGAUUAGCAAUGCAGACCAUAGGAGUAGUGGGAACCAACCAGAUCACUCCUGCUACGGGACUAACAACCUCAUUGCAACAAUCUACAACAAUGGUGCAACAACCUCAAAUAUACCAACAGAUGGGAACGGUGAGCUACCCAACUCGCACAAUGCUUUCCGCUCCGUUCACUUCACAGGCAACCGUUGGCAGUGGAACCAUAACCAACUCCUCAGCAGUUCCUGGCACUGGUACACCCAAACAGCGAGUCUUCACUGGCACUGUCACUAAAGUCCAGGACAACUUUGGGUUUGUGGAUGAGGAGGUCUUCUUCCAAACCAGUUGCUGCCAGGGAGCAGUUCCUCAGGUUGGUGACAAAGUGUUGGUGGAUGCCUCCUACAACGCUAAUAUGCCGUUUAAGUGGAAUGCUACAAGAGUUCAGAUUCUGCAGAUGGAGAACAACCUGAAGCCUCUGCCCCCCGGCACUGGUAGAGGCCGCCGUUUCAGCAACAACCCUCAAAGUAGUUUCGUUGAUGUCCCUGAUACCGAUAAAGAUGACCUUGAUACUAGAAGAAGCAGAGAUGGUGGUGGACGACUAAAUAAAAGAAACAGAAGGAAUAACUUUUUGAGAAAACGCCGCAGGGAAGAGCUAAGGAAUGAACGGCUCAGAGAGGAAAAAGAAAAGGAAACUCAAGUUGAAAGGGAAAAAGAACGUCAAAAAACACCUCCUCCACGUAAAACUAAAACAAGAAGUCGUAAAACUGUUGUUGCUACUCGAUCAGUGGGCCAGAUACCUCUGGACACGCCCGAAGCUGAUGUGUUGGAAUUGAGGAAGCGCUAUAAUAGUAUGUACAUACCAUCCGACUUCUUCAGCAGCACGUUCAAGUGGGUAGAAGUGUUCCCCCCUCAGCGAGCCCUGUCUCUCGGACGUCCCUGUGUGUUCCAUAUCAUGCAUAAAGAUGUAGAUCCAGUCAUGGAAAACGAUGCAGUUCUUGAUCCUCCUGACGCCAACUACUUGUUCUCAGCUAAGGUGAUGUUACUCAGCAUGCCCCAGCUAUAUGAGAUGUAUCAGAAGUGCUGCCCAAUUGCGGAUGGGAAAGAAGGAACAGUUGAGGAUCAAGAUAGAGAGUACGUUCACCCUACACUCCUGAUGAACUUCGUUGUAGGGAUGAAAGGGAAAGAAACCAUGGCAAUCGGUGGUCCUUGGAGUCCAUCCUUGGACGGACCUAAUCCAGACAAGGAUCCCAAGGUUCUCAUCAAGACUGCAGUACGCAACUGCAAAGCUCUGACUGGAAUAGAUUUAACAAACUGCACACAGUGGUACCGCUUUGUGGAGAUUUACUACCACCGGCCGGAGACGAUCCAUAAGGGGAAGACGGUGCCCGCACAGGUAGAGACCGUGGUACUUUAUCUCCCAGAUGUGUGGAGCCGUCUACCGACUCGCAUGGAGUGGGACGGACUGCAUCACAAUUACAAGAAGAAGCUGGAUCAGCUGCUGCAACAGAAGCGGGAAGCUGAGGGAGAUGAUAAGGAUCCAAAUGCUGCAGCCAUUCCAAAGAAGGAACCCACUCACUACGCACAACUGGAUCCAAAAAAUAUGAAGCUUACUGAAUUACGUGAAGAAUUGGAAGCUCGAAAUCUACCAUCUAAAGGAAUGACAGCUCAACUGAUUGCACGUCUUAUAAAAGUGCUAAAAUCUGAACAGGACAAAGAGGAGAAAGAGAACGCUUCUAAAACUGAAGCUGAAAAAAUUGCAGCUGCACGUGAAAAAGAAAAAGAGGAGGAGAGGAAAAAGAAAGAGGAAGAAGAAAAGAAAAAACAGAAGGAACGGGAAAUACAGCUGUUGGAGAAGAAGUAUAUUUUGCCGGAGAAGAGCCAUAUCCUUGUACAUCCAUCUCGGACGGCCAAAGGGGGGAAAUUUGACUGUACUGUUAUGUCUCUUUCAGAGCUGCUGGACUAUCGGCAAGACAAUUCAAAGGAACAUUCCUUCGAAGUAUUUUUAUUUGCUGAACUGUUUAAUGGAAUGCUAAUGAGGGAUUUUGGAUUCCGUAUUUACAAGUCUUUAGUCGAAGCUCCUGAGAAAACUAAAGAAGAAAAGGAUGAUAAAGAUAGCAAAAGUAAGGAUAAAAAAUCUGAAAAAGAUAAAAAAGAUGAAGAAAAAACCAACAGUGAUGACGUUGAUGACAAGACGAAAAAAGAACAAGCAGUAAGGGUUACUAUGGAUCCUUAUUUGUUAUUAGCUUUUGUUUACUUUGACCAGAAUCUGCACGGUCACCUACCAGACAAAAUAGUUGAAGAGCUUUUGCAUUCACUUGGCCUCCAACUGUCUCGAUCUCAGAUAAAGAAGCUCGUGCAGAAGGUUGAGUCUAAAGGAUUAGUUGACUACAGGAAGCUGACUGACAGACCAAAAGAUGAGCCUAAACAGAAUGGGACACAUUCAGCUGAAGAUUUAGUUACCUUAGCUUGUGGAAACAAAAGACUGCUACCAAUAUUUGAUGAAAGCAUAUCACCAAAGAAGCGAAGUAAGACAAAGACCACAAUGGCCAACACUGGAAUGCCAAAUGGAACAGCAAAAGUUAAAGGAUCAACAGUUAAUAUUAGUAAACUACAAACAGAGUUCAAGACCAGUGUAGAUUCAUGUCGUCAGUCAGAAAAACUUCUGGAAAAAUUGCAAACUGAAAAUGAGAGACUAAAUGAACAAGCCCGCCGCACAUCUGUAGCCAUAGACAAGUUAUCUAUGGAACUUCAUGACUUUAAGGAAAGGUUGUGUAACACCAGCUCCGAACUCAGUGGCGUAGAGGGGAAAACAAAGUGGUAUUUUACAUUAAUGAAUGAAAUAUAUGAAAAGCUUCAACCAGUUUUUGCUAACAAAGCAGAGAAGAAGGAGCCAGAAGACAGUCAAGAUACUGAAAUGAGGGAAGAUUAUGAUGAAACUCAAAAAGAAACAGAGGAAAAAAUUAUUGUUUAAUGAAGUUUCCUUGAGUUUUUAUCGUGUUGUACAUUAUCAAUCUCAUGUUUCUUUAUGAACACUUUGAAGCAGUUGUGUGCAUUAAUAACCAAAAAGAGGUUUGUACAAACUCAAAAUAAGUAUUUGUAGACCAAGUAUUUUAUGUUUAGUGAAAAAUUAAGUAUCAAUUUUGUUUACGUACAAAUACAGUAAUCUCAAAGGAAA